UGGCGGCCGCGGAAGUUACCUAAACGGGGGCGGGGCGGAGAUGUGUUUACCCACAAGGCCACGCGGCGGGUCCUCGCUGGUCUCUUUCAGCCAUCUUGGACCCUGUGAAGGCCUGCUGGGAACGGGACUUCUAAAACGACAAAUAUGUCUGGAAGGCUGUGGUCCAAGGCCAUUUUUGCUGGCUAUAAACGGGGUCUGCGGAACCAAAGGGAACACACUGCUCUCCUGAAAAUUGAAGGUGUAUAUGCUCGAGAUGAAACUGAAUUCUAUUUAGGCAAGAGAUGUGCUUAUGUGUACAAAGCAAAGAACAACACAGUAACUCCUGGUGGAAAACCUAACAAAACCAGAGUAAUCUGGGGAAAGAUAACUCGAGCUCAUGGAAACAGUGGCAUGGUUCGUGCCAAAUUCCGAAGCAACCUUCCUGCUAAGGCCAUUGGACACAGAAUUCGUGUGAUGCUGUACCCUUCGAGAAUUUAAACUUCUUGAAAAUAAAUAAAAGUGUGGAUUUGU